AGCCCCGGAGCCCCCGGAGCGCCCGCCGAGCCGCAGCCACAGCCCCGAGCCGCGCGCCCCGGACACCCGGCUGCGCGCCCCGCCGGGCCCGCGCGAUGCCCUCGGACCGGCCUUUCAAGCAGCGGCGGAGCUUCGCCGACCGCUGUAAGGAGGUGCAGCAGAUCCGGGACCAGCACCCCAGCAAGAUCCCGGUGAGUCCCGCGCCCCCGGCCCCGCCCUGCCGAGGCCCCGCCCCGGCCCCGCCCCGGCCUCACGCUGUCCCGCCGCGUCCCACCCAGGUGAUCAUCGAGCGAUACAAGGGAGAGAAGCAGCUGCCCGUCCUGGACAAGACCAAAUUUCUGGUCCCGGACCAUGUCAACAUGAGCGAGCUGGUCAAGAUCAUCCGGCGCCGCCUGCAGCUGAACCCCACGCAGGCUUUCUUCCUGCUGGUGAACCAGCACAGCAUGGUGAGCGUGUCGACGCCCAUCGCGGACAUCUACGAGCAGGAGAAGGAUGAGGAUGGCUUCCUCUAUAUGGUCUACGCCUCCCAGGAAACCUUCGGCUUCUGAGCCAGCAGUAGGGGGGCAUUGGCCUGGGAGUUGGGGUCUGGGUCUGGCUCUGCCAAGGGAGCCCCUGGCCCCUGAACUGAGCUACCUUGGCCCUGGUGGGCUGGGCAGGGAUGUGGUCCCCUAGCUAGCAGGCACCUGCCAGUCUACUGUGCCCCUGGGUGGGUCUGGGCCCUUCCCGUUGAGGCUGCUCCUCUCUCUGGGUGCUGGCUGGGAUGGCGGUGGGGAGGAGCAACCUCCAGCACCCCUGCUGUGUGGUUUGUCUUUUUUUUAGGCCUAUGCCUGUUUGCCCACCUGCCCCUCACUCACCUGAGACUCUGCCCCUGCCUGGACCUGCCCACCCCUGAAAGACUGGCCCUUGGCUUCCUUGGUCUCCACAUGAACAUUGUCCCUCUGCAGAAUAAAGAUUGCUCAGGCCUGCCUG